AUGCCUCCAGACGAGAGCGGUAUCGAUGGCUGGCUGCGGUAUGCCCCGUUGUCGCCUGAAAUGGCAUCGAAUUUCACACAGUAUACAAGUAUAAUUGCGUUAGGUAACGAUGAGACGAGCCCUGUGCUCACCGCCGCCAAAGAGCUCCAGGAUGGUCUGAACAAAAUCCUUAAGCAACGGGCUAAUCUUAGCUAUGAUCUCGCUACCAGCACCGAUGUAGCGGAUGUAAUAGUUGUUGGGACAAUCCACAACUUCUCCCACGCUGGUGGCGAUGUCGGACAUAUUCCACCGUUGAAAGAAGACGGUUUUUGGCUUGACAGGAGCCAAAAUAAUAGUGUCCAAAUUCUGGGACAAAACGACCGUGGUGCACUGUAUGGUGCCUUUGAGUUCCUAAUGUUGCUCGCUCAGGGCAAACCAUGCCCCUUUGGCUACGUUUCCAACCCCAGUGCCCCCAUCCGGUGGAUUAAUCAGUGGGACAACUUGGACGGUAGUAUAGAACGGGGGUACGCUGGGCCAUCAAUUUUCUUCGAGAACAUGGCUAUUCAGGACGACUUGACCCGCGUCUCGCAGUACGCUCGACUCAUGGCCUCGGUCCGACUGAACGGCAUCAUCGUCAAUAAUGUCAACUCACAUCAUGACCUGCUCAGUCCAAGGAACUUGGCAGGCCUUGGUCGGGUUGCAGAUGCAAUGCGUCCAUGGGGUGUGCAUAUUGGCGUGGCACUCUUUUUUGACACCCCUAAGAGUCUAGCUGGGCUGUCUACCUCUGACCCGUUAGACCCUGAUGUAAUUGCAUUUUGGGAUCGGAUUACUGCUCAACUAUACCAACAUGUGCCGGACCUCAUCGGAUAUCUCAUCAAAGCCAACUCCGAAGGUCAGCCGGGGCCCCUGACAUACGGCCGUACCUUGGCUGAGGGCGCAAAUCUUUUUGCAGACGCUCUUAAACGCUACGGCGAUGGCGUUGUCGUCUAUCGGGCCUUUGUAUAUAAUCACCACUUAGACGAAUCCGACUGGAAAAAUGACAGAGCAAAUGCAGCGGUCGAGUAUUUUGAAGACAUGGAUACGCAGUUUGCGGAUAACGUGUUGAUUCAGAUCAAAUAUGGACCGAUUGAUUUCCAGGUGCGCGAACCGGUCUCCCCGUUGUUUUGCCACCUGCGAAAGACGUCGGCGAUCAUCGAGUUCCAGGUAACUCAAGAAUAUCUCGGUCAGCAGAGCCAUGUCUGCUAUCUCCCCCCUCUCUGGAGGACUAUCUUAGACUUCGAUCUUCGAAUCGAUGGAAAGCCUUCGCCUGUUCGAGAACUCCUGUCCGGUGAACGCUUUAAGUGGAAGCGAAGUGGUUAUGCCGCCGUUGUAAACGUUGGUAGCGAUUCAACAUGGCUUGGGAGUCAUCUAGCUAUGUCUAACUUGUACGCCUACGGAAGAUAUGCCUGGAACCCGAGGAGUGAUGAAGUAGCCGUCAUUCAAGACUGGAUUCGAUUGACCUUCAGCUCCCAUCCGACUGUUGUCAAUGUAGUAACCGGUAUCUCGAUGGAGUCCUGGCCAACUUACGAGAACUAUUCAGGGAAUCUCGGCAUACAAACCCUAUGUGAUAUUGUCAAAACUUGCCACUAUGGUCCUAGUCCGGCAGCAAUGGAUAAUAAUGGCUGGGGACAGUGGACACGAGCUGAUGCACAUGGCAUUGGCAUGGACCGCACCGUCGCUACCGGGACUGGAUAUUCGGGCCAAUAUCCACGCGAGGUCUCGCAAAUAUUUGAGAAAAUCGAGAGCACACCUGACAAUCUACUCCUCUGGUUUCACCAUGUGCCGUACACGCACCAUCUGAAGUCGGGCAAGACCGUCAUUCAGCACUUUUACGAUGCCCACUAUGAAGGUGCUGCAAAUGUACAGACUUUUGCACCGAGAUGGGAGGCCCUCUCCGGACUCAUUGAUGACGCGCGCUUCAAGCACGUCUUAUUCCGUCUCAAAUAUCAGGCAGGCCACUCACUUGUGUGGCGUGACUCGAUCAACCAGUUCUACCUUGCCAAGUGCGGCAUUGCUGACAAGCAUGGCCGUGUUGGACACCACCCAUGGCGUAUAGAAGCUGAAGCAAUGGAUCUGACUGGGUACACCGUUGUUCCCAUCGCGCCAUUCGAGGCGGCAUCCGGGAGCAAGGCCAUCAUCACGACGACGAGCGAUAAACCAGGUAUUGCUAAAUGCAACUUACCUUUUGACUCGGGUGUCUACAACAUUGCAGUUAACUACUAUGACCACCUCGGCGGUACAGCGCAGUAUAAGCUGUUUGUCGGUGGCCGGUUGAUUGGAGAAUGGGCAGGUGAUUUGAGCAAAGUGCUGUUGCACGACUUUUCAGACCUACGUGAUGGCCACUCUGCAACACGGAUUACAUUUGACUCCGUGCAAGUGAAAAAGGGGGAUAUUCUUGAGGUUGUAGGAACGCCAGAUGGGACUGAGCUGGCACCAAUAGACUACAUUUCUGUCUUGCCUAGAGGGGUAAUAGACUGA